CUUAAUUUGUUGACAAAAUUGAGGUGAAGCACAAGUAUGGCAAAAUGGAGGUAAAUCAUACUACUACCGGAGGAAACAAGGCAGAAAAGAUGAAGACCAUAGGAGCCCGGCAGGGUUCUCCAUUAGCUUGUAUCAAGUUCUGGGUAGCUGUAGUUUCAACCAUGCUACUUAUUCUUUGGGUCUGCACAAUACAGUUGGCAACUCUGGAUGACAAAAUCAUGGUGCGAAAAUCCGCAUUCUAUUUUCCAUCUUUCCCACCUCAAAGGGUUUAUAAAAACAAUGGAUAUCUAAUUAUUUCACCCAAUGGAGGAUUGAAUCAGAAGCGACUUGGGAUUUGUGACAUGGUUAUCGUUGCAAGAUAUUUGAAUGUCACACUUAUUGUUCCUAAAUUUGCUCAUGGCACAUAUUGGAAUGAUACCAGUACAUUUGCAGAUAUUUUCGAUGUAAAUCAUUUCAUUACAUUUCUGAGAGGUGAGGUUCGCAUACUGAAAGAGCUACCUCCAGAGCAGAAAAGAAAAGCGGAGUCAGAACCACUUUAUUAUAUGUUUCCUAGGAGUUUUGCUAGCUUAGAAUAUUAUCUUGAAAAGGUCCUUCCUCGCAUACAGAAGCAUGAAAUUUUGCUGUUUGCUCAAACCGAUGCUAGGCUUGCCAAUAAUGGGUUACCUGAAGAGCUCCAAAGACUGCGCUGUCGAGUAAACUACAAAUCAUUGAGAUUCACUCAACCAAUUGAGGAAACAGGCAGAAAAAUUGUUACAAUUUUGAGAGAAAAGGGUCCUUUCUUGGCUCUUCAUCUCAGGUAUGAGAAAGAUGUAUUGGCAUUUACCGGUUGCGUUGAAGGUUUAACGAAAGAAGAGGCUACUGACGUGAAAGAAAUGAGAUAUUCUCAUGAUGGGUGGAAGCAUAAACCGAUUGAUCCUAAGCGGAAACGAGAACAUGGAUCAUGCCCUUUAACUCCAGAGGAAACAGCUCUGGUAUUCCAGGCAUUAGGCAUUGAUAGGAAUACCACAAUUUAUAUUGCAGGUGGAGAAAUAUACAAGAAAGAGAAGAGAAUGGCAGACUUGGCAACAGCUUAUCCAAAUCUGGUUAGGAAAGAGACCAUAUUAAAACAAGUAGAGCUUGAGCCCUUCCUGAAACAUGCAGAUCAGAUGGCUGCCAUGGACUAUAUUGUUGCAGUAGAAAGUGAUAUUUUCAUUCCUACUUUUGUAGGAAACAUGGCAAAUGCUGUUGAAGGCCAUCGCCGAUACUUGGGAUUUAAGACAACAAUUUCUUUAGAUAGAAAGCUUUUGGUCAGUCUGAUUGACCAGUACAAGAAUGGGACCCUAAGCUGGGAUGAAUUUUCCCUCUUAGUGAAGAAAACCCAUGAAGAUCGUACAGGGAAAGCAGUGAGACGGAAGGAGAUUCCGGACCAUCCCAGACAGGAAGAUUAUUUCUAUUCUAAUCCUCAGGAAUGUUUGCCUCCUUUUGCUCAACCUUCAAAUAAUAUUUGAUACUUAACAUAGAUCAUA